AUGUCACAGAAUACAAAGAAGAAUCCUACGGAGGAUACACCGGCCGGGAAUGCCUCUCCCACCCCCGCGGCGAAGCGCAAGCCCCCUAAGCUCAGACAAAAGCCGCCCGCCGAGGCAACGCCAGACGAUUCUGGCACCCCCGGGAGCUCUGGUACCCCUCAGCCUGAACGGAACGAUAAUGUAGGAGACGACAAGAAUCCAAUGGGAAAUGAGACUCCUGCAAAUGACCAAGAGAACGAGGACGGGCCCCAAGACAAAGCUCAGGAGGACGCCGAAGAUGAUAACAAGAAGGAUAAACAACCUCGCGAAGAGACAGCUGAUAAUGAGGAACCGGAAGAUGAUGAACCCGAAGAUGAUAAACCCGAAGAUGAUGAACCAGAGGAUGACGAACCGGACGAUGAUGAGGACGAGCCUCUACCAGAGUCCCCGCCAACUGAAGAAAUAGGUUCUCCAGAGCCAGAGCUUGAGGAGGAACCUGAACCUCCCAAACGACACCACCGUCCAAGGCGGACCGUCACGCUUGAUCGUGAAAGGAAUGCACCCCCAGAGGUCUGGAAUAGAAACAAACAGGACCAAUCCGGUCAGCAGCUUGCGCGUCUGGAUGAUGUUGGGCAGACCACCGACCAGGUUGGGGAGCUUGCACAGGACGUCGGUGGGAAGGCAGUUGGUGAAGUUGGGAACACGGCAGGGAAGGCUGUAGGUAGUGCCCUUGGUGGACAGUCCGGUGGUGAGGAAGACAAGGGAAAGGAGGAGCAAUUGAGACUGCGACUAGACAUAAACCUGGACAUCGAGGUCCAGCUCAAGGCAAAGAUACAUGGAGAUUUGACGCUCCAGCUGCUGUGA